AUGUUGAUUUUAAAUUUCCCUAAUCAAACAGUGAUCACAGAAUUUAUUCUCCUGGGAUUUGGGAACCUUCAUGAGCUAAGAAUGCCUACAUUUGUAAUAUUUCUUGUGGUCUACAUAGUAACAUUAAUGGGGAAUAUAAUGAUCACAGCGGUUGUGUUAACUGACCACAGCCUUCAUACCCCCAUGUACUUCUUCCUGGGAAACCUCUCUUUCUUGGAAAUAUGGUACACCACUAGUGUGGUUCCGAAGAUGCUGAAAACAUUACUGACUGCCCAUGAGGCCAUUUCCUUCUCAGCUUGUCUCCUCCAGUUUUACAUCUUUGGCUCACUGGCAGUUACCGAGUGUUUUCUUCUAGCAGCAAUGUCCUAUGAUCGCUAUGUAGCCAUAUGCCAACCACUGCACUAUGGAAACUUAAUGAACUUCAGAGUGUGCGUUCAGCUAGCGAUAGGGUCAUGGGUUGGUGGGUUUAUUUCCUUAUUUGUCACCAUGCCAAUGGUUUCUGUGCUGCCUUUCUGUGCCUCUAAUAAGAUUGAUCAUUUCUUCUGUGAUUUGGCACCUGUGGUUAAACUUGCCUGUGGAGACACACGACUGGUGAGAAUCCUUUCUUUCCUUAUUGCUUCUCUUGUAUCCUUCUCUCCAUUCCUUCUUACCAUUCUGUCAUACUGUAAAAUCAUCUCCACCAUCCUCAAGAUCCCAUCUGCCAAAAGCAAACAAAAAGCCUUUUCCACCUGCUCCUCACAUCUCAUUGUGGUUACAGUGUUCUAUGGGACACUGAUGGUGGUGUAUGGUGUACCUACAACAACUUGGUAUCCCAACUUAAGCAAAGUCUUUUCUGUGCUCUAUAUAGUUGGGACACCAAUGGUCAAUCCUAUUAUAUACAGCCUGAGGAACAAGGAUGUCCAGAAUGCAUUGAGGAAACUGUUGACUAGAAAUCCUGCACUGGCAUGUGAAUGA